AUGCUUAAUAUUAAAGCCUCAAAAAAAAAUUAAAGUUAAAUUACCUUCUUCAAGAAUUGGAGAUUUCGAUCAUAAGUUUUAUGUGCAUAAACUAUUUAUAUCAUUAUAGUAACUUUAAUUGGAUCAGGGUACUUUAUUUUUGUCUAAAACUUUCUCAUUUAGGAAAUAUCUCAUGAGUCCUUUAUUAUACUAGCAUAAAGAAUUCUUAGUAAACAAAGUUAUAUAUAUUCCAUUUUGAAUAAACACUAAUUGUAAUACGGAUUAAUGUUAACAAAUAACUCAUUGAAAGUUAUUAAUUCAUUAUAUGAAUAAUAAUAGAUGAUGAAUAUUACUUAUAAAAAUCAUAUCAACAAAUGCGAUGAAUUUGAAAAUCCAUCAACUUUUUUAUCGUAUUUGGCCAACACUUCUUGUUAUUGCUAUGGACUACCAAAUGAUAAUGAAGAAUACUCUCAACAUUAGAAUAAAAUAUCUCUAGGAACCUUACUAUUGUAAACAUUUCUAAUAUAAAAUAACUUAUACCGAACCUAUUUUACAUCUAAUACUUAAGAUCAAUUUUAUGUAUUUUAACCAUGUAAAUAUUAUCCUCCAACAUAUGAUCCUUCAUUAAGACCCUGGUUUAUAAACCAUAACUAGAGUAUAGAUGAAGUAUAAAAUUCAUAACCUUAUUUUGCAUUCAGUGGUGGUAUCACUUUAACUAAAACUAUGAAUUUAAAAGGAUUAGAUGAUUCAGUUUAAGGAAUUAUUGGUACUGAUAUCAUAAUGAAGAUCUUUUUUUCUCAAAAUGACGCUAGUUAAAUUGAUUUCAUUCUUAUCGACCAAUUAGGCCAAAUACUUCUUAGUAAUCAUUAUACAUUAAAUUCAACAAAGGUUGACUUUUAUUAUAAUUAAUCAGUAACAGGAUUUGAUUAUUUAGAUUUUUAAACUAUAAUGAAUUUUUCAAAAGGGUUAAAUUAUUCUAAUCAUUGUGAAAUACCAAUUAAAUUAGCCUUAUGUUUGCAUGACAAAUCAAAAAAUAAAAAUUAUUAUGUGAAAGUGCAAAAAUUAUAAUCGGAAAACUAUUAUCUAAUAACAAAAGUUGAUUAAACUCUAUAUAAGAAUAAUGUUGAUUUGAUGGUAGACGGAAUAAAUACAAAAAGCAAGAAAAUUGUUUAUGAUUUUAUUUGUUGUGUAAUCAUAUCACUUUUUUUAUGUGGCUGUUGUUACAUAUGUACUAUCAUUAUUCUGGAAAAACCAUUAUAUAAAUUAAUGAAUAUUUCAUUAAAUCGCAAUUUAAUGUUGACUUCAAUUGUCGAACAUUUAACACGUUUCAGCAAUGAUACAAUAGAUAAUUUUGCAAAUGCCUUCACAGGAUUAAUUAAUUAUGAUAAUCGCCAUAAAAAAACAUUUAAUAAUGAAACUAAAAAAGAAUUAGAAAAUAUCUUUUGUUAUUUACCAUAAAAUGUUACUAUUUCUCGAAAAUUAAUAUUACUGAUUAAAGAAAAAUUACCUGUAUGUAUAAUUUAUUUCUAUGAUAGGAUUAUAAAAAAUAAAAUAAAUCUUUAUUUUAUUUAAAUAGCCUUGAUAAACUUAAAAUAAUAAAAGACUUCUUAAUUAAUGAAAGAAAAAUUCUUUCCAUUUGA